CAGGGUGGGUGGGUCUGUGAGAUCGGAAGGGGCGUGGAUAUGGCGGCGGGACACUCCGGGUGCUGAGUGGCGCCAGGGAGCCGGCACUUCCCGGGGGGCGCUUGCUCGUCCUCAAGCCCAUCCUGGCCAGGUGCCCGCCGGGCCCGAGGUCUGCGGACAAGGUGCUGCCUGCACGGACGGAGGCCCCGCCAUGGCCCAGCAGAGAGCCCUGCCGCAGAGCAAGGAGACGCUGCUGCAGUCCUACAACAAGCGGCUCAAGGACGACAUCAAGUCCAUCAUGGACAACUUCACCGAGAUCAUCAAGACCGCCAAGAUUGAGGACGAGACGCAGGUGUCCCGGGCCACUCAAGGCGAGCAGGACAAUUAUGAGAUGCACGUACGCGCCGCCAACAUCGUCCGAGCCGGUGAGUCCCUGAUGAAGCUGGUGUCCGACCUCAAGCAGUUCCUGAUCCUGAACGACUUCCCGUCGGUGAACGAGGCCAUCGACCAGCGCAACCAGCAGCUCCGGGCGCUGCAGGAGGAGUGCGACCGCAAGCUCACCACCCUGCGGGACGAGGUCUCCAUCGACCUCUACGAGCUGGAGGAGGAGUACUACUCGUCCAGCUUGUCCGCCGACAUGCAGCCCGGGCCCCCUGGUGCUCUCCCAGACAGCUGUCCCUCCCGGGGUAGGUUCCCAACGCUCCUUGCUGCCCCGUGGGAGCCGUGCAGGGGCCACGGAGGCCCAGAGCCAGCGUGCUCUGUGGUCUGGGGCUUGGUUCCCUGCCUUGGGUUCAAUGUCACCCGCAUGGUCCCGCCCAGCGAGGCCUCUGUGGGAAGGGUCAUCAUGUCACUGCCCGGCUGGAGUGGUUCUAGACUUUCCAGAGUGUCUGGAGCCGCCUCUGGUCCCUGAGACCCAUCGGCUCAGCAGACUUGUGGCGAUUGCCUCCUAACACACCGGCCUUCGGAGAAGAGUCCCGAGUGGGUUCCCCGUGGGGGAGCUCAGACCCUGCUGGGGACAUGGCCCAGUCACACUGGUUUGGUACAGUCCCUUCGCGUACCCGUCAUCCCUAAGGGCCAGGCCGCUUGAGGGUGAGAGCCAGGAGGAGCGGACCUGCCCAAGGUCACUCGGCAGGGCCUGUGGGCCAGGCUUCCCACACCUGCCCGUCAGCCUCUGGUUCGCCCACGGGUCUGGGCCUGCCUGGUGGCCCCUCCGGCAUCCCGAGCUCCUCCCUCAUCCGUGAUGCCCCGUGCGGGCUGUGUACCCUCCCUGCUUAUCCCCUGGCUGCGCCCCACCUGAGCCCCCAGUGCUCAGCCCCUCCACCCUCUGCGCCCCGCUCGCCCACCUCCACGCUUGCUCGGCCGCUUUCCACUCAUGAUUUGCUCUUUGUCUGCUUCUCCCUCUGCCGUCCUCGGGACACUGCUCUGACCAGGGUGGUUUCUGAGACUGAACGCUGAGGGCGGAGCGAGGGAGCAGCCGCAGGCAGGGCAGGACGGUGCGGGAGAAGGGCCGUCAGCCCCCAUACCCCGAGCCCUGCUCUUCCCCUGCACCCUCACCCGCCUCCACAGCCGUGACAGGGAGGCGGGGUACAGGACCAACACCAGGGCCUCUGUUCCUGUCGCCCGUCCAGGCUGUCCCGGCCAAGGGCAGACCCAGAGAUAAGACGGGGUCUCUGCCUCAGGAUUCUUGCCAAGUGUGGGAGCCAUGGGCUCUGGAUGCGGGCUGCCACUACCGGUGACGCUGGCCGCGCCCCGCCCAGGAUGGGGUGGCAGCAGGGGCUAGGACAGCCAGGUGACUCUCAGACAGGGCGGACACCUGCUAGAACAGCGGAGGGACCUGCUGGGGCCACACAGACCUGCAUGGGCUGGUCCUAGACAGUCCCCCCUCCCCCUUUGAGGUGCUGAAGGACCCUGACACGGGGUCCCCAUGUGCCUCCCACUCAGCCAGGCCUGCUUGAACGAGCGCCUACCCAGAGGGGAGAGGCAGGUCUGGGGCCCGGUCUGUUUUCUUAACUCUGCUCCUGUGUCGCUUUCCCUCCCUGGCGCCCCUCUGCCUGCUCCUGUCUCCCCGGGCUCUGGUGGUGGAAAAGCUCCAGUCUCUGCGAAGCUAACGAUCUGCCUCUGUGCGAAGCUUACUGGAGGCUGGACCUCGACACAGACGCUGCCGAUGGCCUCGCCGCC